AGAGCAGCUCCUGUGCUCCAUCCUGUACGGUGUGCAGAUCUCCGAGUUUAAACAUCAACACGAAGGGAGAUUGCCCUGCGAUAGUAUUUACUAUCUACCCCAAAGAUACUUCACCCAACCAGUGUGUGACAGGCGGACCACGAGUACCGGUGAGGUACCAUGGUCCCUUACCAUGUCCACCGCCUUCCCUGGGGAACUAAUAUGGCACUAGAUGGAUUAUCGUUUCUUCAUUUUUUUUUUGUGUUUAGAUUUUGAUUACCCCGGAUUCCUCCCUGGUUCACUGGCGUGUGACGGCUCACCGACUUUAUUUAAUCCUUUAUCAUCCUCCCACAUCCCACCCGAGUCCAUUUCUUCUUUUCUUCCCUAGCUAUGGGGUGGCGUUAUCCCCGUAUAGUCAUCGGUUGAGAUCUUAUCUCGCGGGUCGUGACGGAAUUCCCUGACCUGAGAAAAGGAGGGAGACUGCCGCGUCUUCGAGUUAGAUACUAUCCUUGCCCUAAUUUUUAUUAUUUAUUGCUUUACUAUUGAGAAACGCUGUACGACACUUGCGUCACGAAUUCGGUUCCCUACAGCUGGUCAUUGCUGGGAUAUCCGGGGCAGAUUACAGAAUUAGUUGCUGGCCCCACCGAUACAUUUGAUUUCACGCGAACAUCUAAACAUUUUCGUUGCAGCAAAAAUGGCGGCCACAGAAGCAACAGCUGGUGAACACGCAGAGGCUAGUUCCCAAAGACCAUCCUCAGGUCGCUGGUGGAAAAGAGUAUUGAAUCCAUCGUCUGCCGAUGAUGUGGAGCUCAAUCAAGACAACAUUAACUAUCGCUCCAAGUCAACCUUGGGAAUUCUCAGCGACAAGGAAACUGAUGAAGUACCUGGAACCGUCCUUCUGCUAUCGUCAAACCGCAAUGAGCCAUUGGGGCUGAGGCAUCAGCCGCAGCGCACAUCCCGCUCGUCCCUCCCAUCUCCAUAUCCCCCGUCGCGUUCAUCUUCGCGUACCUCAGCAAAAGGUCGGCCGUCUAAGAAGAAGACCGCGGAUGGGCAGAUCGUCUUGGACCCACAGCCUGACGAUUCAAUGAACGACCCGUUAAACUGGCCGGUCUGGCGUCGAGAUGCCGCACUGUUAUCGCUGGGCUUCUAUUGUCUGAUGGGAGGUGGAAUGACAACGAUCCUGGCUGCUGGUUUCUCGCAGGUCGCGGAUACCUAUGGCGUGUCCACUCAACAGGUGGCCUACACCACAGGCCUGUAUAUGUUGGGCCUCGGAGUGGGAUCCGUCAUCAUGUCCCCGACCGCGAUUCUGUAUGGAAAACGGCCGGUCUACCUUCUCGGCGCCACACUUUUCGUUAUCUCAGGCGUCUGGUGUGCCCUCUCUCCCAAUUACCCCAGUCUUGUCGUUGCCCGCGUUUUCCAAGGAAUCGCGGUGAGUCCGGUGGAGUGUCUACCCUCCGCGACCAUUGCCGAGAUUUACUUUUUACACGAACGGGCCUACCGAGUUGGGAUUUAUACCCUUCUCCUCUUGGGAGGGAAGAAUUUGAUCCCUUUGGUGAGUGCGGCCAUUAUCGGCAACUUGGGCUGGCGUUGGGUGUUCUGGGUUGUUGCUAUUGUGGUGGGGGCUUGCCUGGUCUUGUUGUUUUUCUUUGUCCCGGAAACAUUCUGGGAUCGUACCCCUCGCCCCCGCGCGCGCAAACGUCCGCAUUUGUAUCGGAGCGUGUCAGACCUGGUCUCUCAGGGCAUUCGCGGGCGCCCGACACAUGUACAGCGACUUGAAGAUGAUAUUCCGGAGACUAACACGAACUCCGCGCUGCCCAAGAAGUCCAAGAAGGGCCAUGUUGGAUUCGUAGAGGACCAUGAUGCGGAAGCUCAUUCUCCUGACGAAAAGGACGCAGCAGCAGACCAUGACCGGGAUUCGAUCGCGCCGGAUGCUCCAGGCGAGGAUCAUGUACACUUCGCCCACAACGCCGAUCCGGAGAAGGCCGAUGGGUUUCUCCAGCCCCCUGCCCCGGUCGCUCCUGGCCCCGAGCGUCCAUCCGAUCUGGGAGUUGGUCGCCAGGCUGCCAUAUCUCCGGCUCGCAGCGAUUCGCUUGAUCCCGGCGCCCCGACGAAUGGAUCGAUGCAUUAUACGAAUUGGCUUCGGGAGCGACCCCAGAUGCCGUAUCUACACUAUCUCCGGGUUUGGAACGGUCGAAUCAACCAUGACAACUGGAUACGAGUGGCCGUGCGCCCGUUCAUUCUAUUUGCCUACCCAGCCGUGCUGUGGUCGGCAGUUGUUUACGCGCUCUCGGUCGGGUGGUUGAUUGUCCUAUCCGAGUCUGUCGCCAAAGUCUACGAAACACGAGACACUUACAACUUCACCGCCCUGCAAGUUGGACUCGUGUACAUCUCGCCGUUUGUGGGAGGCUUACUAGGGACCGCCGUGGCCGGAAAGGUCUCCGAUGUGAUUGUCCGAUACAUGACCCGGCGUAAUGGCGGCGUCUACGAACCCGAGUUUCGGCUGGUGAUGGCGAUCCCCAUCGCAUUAUCGACCACGGCGGGACUGAUGGGAUUCGGAUGGAGCGCCGAGGAGAAGAAUGCAUGGAUUGUGCCCACAAUCUUUUUCGGCUUGGUUUCGUUUGGAUGCUGCCUAGGUAGCACGACCUCCAUCACGUUCUGCGUCGAUAGUUAUCGCCAAUAUGCUGGUGAAGCCUUGGUAACUCUGAACUGGAGCAAAAAUGUAUUCCACGGACUGGUCUUCUCGUUAUUCAUUGUCGACUGGCUGAACGGGCAAGGCUCUCAGACCGUGUAUUUGGCCCUGGGUGGGAUUCAAUUGGGAUGCCUUCUCUUUACAAUCCCCAUGUAUAUUUAUGGCAAGCGACUUCGGAUGUGGACCGUCCGGAAACGCCUGAUGGAGAAAUGGUAGAUACAGUGCUCGAGGUUGUACUACCUUUCGGAGCAACCUUUGAUGAGUUAUGAUUGGACGUAUGUGUCAUGGACGUUCCAGUAUAUAUGCAUCGUUACGUGCCUGCAUCGUCAUGAUGUGCAUUAUAGAUGUCGAGCUAGUAUGUAUAUAGUAUAGAGUGCAAUCAACUUUAUCUGUCUGAAAC